GUGUGUGUGUGUGUGUGUGUGUGUGUGUGUGUGAGUGUGUGUGUGUGUGAGAGAGUACGAUGGCGUCGCCGCUUGAACACGAAUGAUCGGACAUGGACGACACAAACGAAACGUUUUUGGCGACGCAUUGGCCCUUCCCAUGUGACCCCAGUAUCUUUGAAUUCCCCGGAAAAAACCCCGGCGAAGACCCCGGCAUCGAACCGGAAAAUGACCCCAUCGUCGGCGGAAACCCCGUUGGCGGCGACACCUCCAUGGGGUUGCCUUUCCCAGAAGACCCCAUCAAAAUGCCAAGUGUACAGGUGGUCUUGAUCCUGGCUUACAGCACCAUCAUAGUGCUGGGGGUUCUGGGUAAUUCUCUGGUGAUCUACGUUAUCUAUCGCUUCAAGACGCUGCGCACCGUCACCAACUUCUUCAUCGCUAACCUCGCUGUUGCGGACCUGCUGGUGAACACGCUGUGUCUCCCCUUCACGCUGGUCUACACGCUGCAGGGCGAAUGGAAGUUCGGGGGGGCGCUCUGCUUCCUGCUGCCGUACGCUCAGUGCCUCGCCGUGCACGUGUCCACCGUCACGCUCAACGUCAUCGCACUGGACCGACACAG